AAGUAAACAGAGGCUGGAGCGCAGCGCCACAGGUAGCUUCAGGUAGCAUCAUGUAGCUGCGGCUUCCAGCGGGUUCUGCUAGGUCUUUGUUCUGACUCGAACAUGAAGCGAACAGAACCAGCCUCUGGGAGGAACCUGUGACCAUGUGACUGUGGGCCCUAAGUGGGUCAGUUUGGGGUGCUGCUGUGGUUCUGAGGUGAUGGAGACCUGGACCCCGAACCCCCGGGCCAAGCCGUUCAUCCCGCGGCAGCAGAGGAGCUGGUACCUGACCUGGAAGUACCGGCUGACCCAGAGGAGGAGCCUCCGGCGGUUCUGUCAGGCCGGCGCCGUGCUGUUCCUCUUCGUCACCGUUGUGGUGAACAUCAAGCUGAUCCUGGACACGCGGCGAGUCGCUGAUGAAGACGCUGCCGAUCAGGAAUACGACGUUGUUCCCAACAUGGAGACUCCUCGCCGGCCGGCCAGCGGCAGAAAGGUUCUGGACAUCGAGGUUUACUCCAGCCGCUCCAAGGUCUAUGUGGCCGUGGACGGAACCACGGUUCUGGAGGACGACAUGCGGGAGCAGGGCCGAGGCGUUCACGUCAUCGUCCUCAACCAGGCCACUGGUCAUGUGAUGGCCAAGCGGAUCUUCGACACUUACUCCCCCCACGAGGAUGAAGCCAUGAUCCUCUUCCUCAACAUGGUGACCCGCGGCCGGAUCCUCAUCUUCACCGUCAAGGACGAGGGAACGUUCCACCUGAAGGACGCAGCCAAGAACCUGCUGAAGAGCCUGGGCAGCCAGGCGGCGCUGGGCCUGAGCUGGAGGGACAUGUGGACCCUGGUGGUGAAGAAAGGAGGUCAGACGGUUCUGGUUCUGGUUCUGGAGCCCAAUCUGUUAAUUAUACACCAACAUUCAGAUUUUUGUGGUCCUGCAGAGGCCGAGUGCCACUGGGCCGACACGGAGCUCAACCGGAGGAGGAAGCUGUUCUGCAGCAAGGUGGAGGGAUACGGCAGCAUCUGCAGCUGCAAAGACCCGGCGCCCAUUGAGUUCAACCCCGACCCGCUUCCCAGUAACAACGUCUUCAAUGUCCCAGUGGCCGUCAUCGCUGGGAACCGACCCAACUACCUGUACCGGAUGCUGCGCUCACUGCUCUCGGCUCACGGAGUCAACCCCCAGGUGAUCACCGUCUUCAUCGACGGAUACUAUGAGGAGCCCAUGGACGUGGUGGACCUGUUCGGGUUGAAGGGCGUCCAGCACACGCCCAUCAGCAUCAAGAACGCCCGCGUCUCCCAGCACUACAAGGCGAGUCUGACGGCGACCUUUAACCUUCACCCGGAUGCCGGGUUUGCCGUGGUUCUGGAGGAGGACCUGGACAUCUCUGUGGACUUCUUCAGCUUCCUGAGCCAGACCAUCCACCUGUUGGACCAGGACGACAGCCUGUACUGCAUCUCAGCCUGGAACGACCAGGGCUAUGAGCACACAGCGGAGGACCCCGCCCUCCUCUACCGGGUGGAGAGCAUGCCCGGCCUGGGCUGGGUGCUGAAGAAGAGCAUCUACAAGGACGAGCUGGAGCCAAAAUGGCCGACCCCCGAAAAGCUCUGGGAUUGGGACAUGUGGAUGAGGAUGCCGGAGCAGAGAAAAGGCCGAGAGUGCAUCAUUCCUGAUGUGUCGCGCUCCUACCACUUCGGCAUCAUUGGCCUCAACAUGAACGGAUAUUUCCACGAAGUUUAUUUCAAGAAGCACAAGUUUAACACGAUUCCCAACAUCCAGCUGAGGAAUGUGGAGAGUUUGAGGAAAGACGCAUACGAGGCGGAGAUCCAGAAGUUGCUGAAGGAGGCAGAGCUGCUGGAUCACUCCAGGAAUCCCUGCGAGGACUCGUUCGUCCCGGACACGGAGGGCAAGACUUACAUCAUGUUCAUAAAGAUGGAGUCUGAGCUGGACACGUCCACCUGGACCGAGCUGGCCAAGUGCCUCCAUGUUUGGGACCUGGAUGUUCGAGGAUAUCACCGAGGACUCUGGCGGCUCUUCAGGAAAAGGAACCACAUCCUGGUCAUUGCCGUGCCGAUCUCUCCGUACUCCGUGAAGAAACCGGCCGCCCUCGCCCCCAUCCACCUGGAGCCGCCGCCCAAAGAGGAGGGGGCGCCGGUGGAGCAGCUGUAGACCCAAACGCCGGCCUGGCCCGCCGGAACCAGAACCGGACAGGAAACUCCUGGAACUUUGGGUCUCUCUGGGGACGGAGCGGUUCCGUUAAACCCAGUGAGAACUGGUUUCUAAUAUUAACUCUUCAUGCUCUGAACAUUUUAACAUUUCAGAGAAAGAAACUCAGAGGAACUGAAAUCUAUUUUUAGACGAUUGGAACCGGCCAGGUUUUCACAGAACCGGGUUAACGUUCAGAAUCUGGAUCCUGGAGGACGGAGAUGGAACUCAGCCUGCUGCUCAGGAGGAAUCAAACCUCCGACCCGCCGAGUUUGGAGAAACUACUGAACUCUGAACAUUUCAGCUUUUUAUGUUUUCAACCUUUUAUAUUUAUACUAAAGUUCUGAUUGGUGGAUUUUUAAAUGUUACGACUUUUAAGACUCAAAAUUACCCAAACGAUGACAGAAAAGAUAAUUUUUUGCUAAAAGUCUCAUUGAAACUGGAACCUGGACUGGAUCUGGUUCUGCUCCGGUUCAGGAUCAGCUGAGGGCCAACAGAAAACAACCCAACAUAAACAGGACUCUACCGCCCCCUGCUGGCCGGUGCAGACAUGACAGGUUCUUCCUCAUGAAGCCCGGUUGGUUCCGGCUGCUGAGCCUCAGCUUUUAGAAACAAAAUGAAAGAAAUCCAGACGACGUGUUCAGGUUCUGUUAGGUUUUAGCAGGAAAAAAGUCCAGAUUUCCUGUCAUUUUUUCCAGUGAAAUGAUUUGAGGAACAGAAUCCGACCGGAUCCGAUUUCAGGAGAAAAACCAUUUGGAAUAGUUUGUUUAUUAAGCGUUGGCAGCGUUUAUAUGACGCUUUAGGACCAGACUAAGAAAGGAAAAAAUUAUGAAUAAUGUCCAAAUUUUACCAGAUCACAACAAUAUAAAAUAGUCAUAUUAAUAUGAUAACGACAUAAUAAUGCAAGAAUAAAAGUAAAAAUAACGUAAAACUUUAUGUUCAUAUUAUUUAAGCUUUCAACACUCUGGUGCUUCAUUGUCAUAAUAUUUUUAGCCCUAAUACUCCAUCGUAAGUUUAAACUAAAAUUAUUCAGGUUUAAAUUUGAGUCUUUUCUGAUCUGCAGUGACUGAACUCCAGUUUUUAUGUUUGACUUCAUGGUUUUUUAUUUUAGUUUGCCGUGAAGCAUCUCAGUGACUCGUCUUGGGCUGAACGUCUCAGAUGUUUUAUUUCUCUGACUGAAUAAAGAUGUUUUUACAUUUUU